GUCGAGAUCCAUUUGGCAACAGGCACAACUCGAAACAACAGCUUGUCCAUUUCAUUUCGCCAAUUGUUCUUGUCUUUGGAUUUAUCACAUCGCUCAUCUAAUCCCGCUCAAUGUGGUAAACAAAGAUGAUACUCCGGUCCUUCUGUCGGCGAGCCGUCGCCUCGUCGUUAGCCCUUCUCCUUGUCCUCUCCUCGUCGCAGCCUGCACAAGCCAAAAAGGAUGGCCCUACCAUUUCCUCCACCAAAUUCGAGCAUGCCCUCGAAAAUGUAUUCUACUUUGACGAUAGCGAUAUAAUCCUUGCCCAAGACCGAGAUGCUAACACCAUCUGGCGGAGUGCGGAUGCGGGUGAGACCUGGAAGGAGGUCAAAGGAGGCGGCCAAUCUGGGAAUGCUUGGGAUCUGGUAUCCCACCCUUGGGACAAUCAGCGCGCGUACAUCCUCGGCCUGGGAUCUGAACACUGGAUAACGACCGACCAGGGUGAAACAUGGAGGGAGUUCAACACCAAUGGCGCCAGCCUUGCGCUCUUCCGCCCAUCACCUCUCAGCUUUCACGGCCAAGAUGCGAAACGAGUCAUCUGGAACGGCGAGCAGUGCGCGGGUCUUUCCUGCUCCGAGGUCGCCUUGGUGACAGAGGACGAUUUCAAGACGGUCAAGAAGAUGAGCAGUCAGACGAGAGGGUGCCAAUGGGCGCUAGGAACCCCCGAAUUCGCGGAAGACGUUGCUGUCGAGCUUCAGAACCGAGUCUUUUGUAUUGUCGAGGGCUUAUACUCUCCAUGGCCCAAAGACAACCGGCUCCUUGUGUCGGACACCUUCUUUGACGAAGACGAAAUCGAGCCGGCCCUCGACCAUGGCCGAGCCGUCACUGGUAUUAUUAGUAUGGCCUCUGUCAAGGGAUUCUUGGUUGCAGCUGCAAAGUCUGCAGGUACCGAUGAGCUCGCUCUCUAUGUCACCAAAGAUGGAUCACAAUGGCAUCGUGCAGAGUUCGGCCAGCAUCGCAUCAACGAGGAUGCCUACACCAUCCUCGAAAGCACAAACUACAGCAUGCAAGUCGACGUCCUCGACUCAAGGCCUGCAAACCCUAUCGGUUACCUGUUCACCUCGAAUUCGAACGGAACCUACUUUACCCGUAACAUUGAUCACACGAAUCGAAAUAUCUACGGACGAGUGGAUUUCGAAAAGGUUUCAAACAUACAAGGUAUCGUACUUGUCAAUGUGGUGGAGAACUUCAAAGAGGUCCAGAAUUCCAUUCUUGUUGAGAAGAACAUCUAUUCACAAAUAAGUUUUGAUGAUGGACGAACGUUCCAGGAUCUGAAGGUCAAAGACAAGAGACUCAACUUGCAUUCCGUGACCGAUGCAAAACAAGGCGGGAGAGUGUUUUCCAGCCCGGCCCCUGGUAUUGUCAUGGGCGUGGGUAACACUGGCAAGUUCCUAAAGCCAUACAACGAUGGUGACCUUUAUGUCUCGGACGAUGCAGGUGUCACCUGGUACAAAGGGCUGGACGGUGCGCACCUAUAUGAGUUUGGCAAUCAAGGUGCCGUCAUCGUGGCUGUCGACGAUGAAGAUGCCACGAGUCACAUCAGAUACUCUCUUGAUCAUGGUAAGACGUGGAAAAAGGCGGACCUAGGAGAAAAGGUGCGCGUGAAAUUCCUGACUACUCUUUCCGACUCUACCACCCUCAAAUUUUCUCUUCUGGGCUCAAAAGGAUCUGGUUCCAAGACGGAAUGGUUGAUAUUCAAAAUUGACUUUGACGGCCUACAUGAGCGCACCUGCAAGGAAUCAGACUUUGAGCGAUGGCCGGCUCGCGUUGAUGAGGAUGGAAAGCCGACAUGCGUCAUGGGACACAAGCAAUUCUACCGCCGUAGAAAGGCAGAAGCGGAGUGCUUCGUCGAUGAGGAGUUCAAAGACCCUGUACCUGAAUUCGAACCCUGCAAAUGCACCAUGGCGGACUUUGAAUGCGAUUACAACUUCCUCCGGGAUGCAGAUGAUCGCACUAAAUGUCUGCCUGCUGCUCCAAUCCCGGUACCGAAAGGCGAGUGUAAAGGUGAUAAGGAUACGUUCAAGGGUCCUUCCGGUUGGCGCUUAAUACCGGGGAAUGAGUGCAUCCAUGAUGGAGGAGAACAACUGGACAAAGAGGUCGAGAGACCCUGCUCUGACACAAGCAAGAAGCCGGCCAGUGGCGAUAUCGAGAUCGAAAAGACCAACUUCGAUGCUGAUCGAUUCUCUGAAUGGUACUACCUUGAGCGAGCCGACAAGGCCACUGGAAGCGAUGAGACCCUCAUCAUGCGUACAAGUGAACAACAUAUUUUCCUGACGCACGACCACGGGAGAACUUGGGAGCGGAUUCUGAAAGGAGAGCCCAUCACAGCAAUUGCUCCCAACCCUAAUCAUCACGAUGUGGUCUUUUUCCUAACGGGCUCCAAGACGGUGCAUUAUACCAUCGAUAGAGGAGACAGAUUCGACAAAUUUGAGGCACCGGAACGGCCGAGCACCUUGAGGCUACCAACGCUAAGAUUCCACCCGGAAUACAAAGAUUGGCUGCUCUGGUCCGGGUCUGUUGGCAAGGACGAUCAUACCAACAUCUUCUUCUCAAAAGACCGUGGCGACAAUUGGGAGACCAUGGUUCGAUAUGCAAGGAAAUGUGAAUUUAUCACACGAGAGAGUCGACCGGAUUCUGAUCAACUCAUAUACUGUGAACAGUAUCAGGACGAAGAUCCAGAAAAGGCCCUGAUGCUGUUGUCCAGCGAGAACUUUUUCGGCAAGUCAGAGGUUCACUUCCCUGACAUUCUAGACUUUGCAACAAUGUCUGAAUUUAUCAUCGUUGCGGCAAAGACCGAGGACAGCCAAGGUCUCAAAGUCGAUGCCAGUGUUGAUGGACAUACUUUCGCCCCGGCCGAGUUCCCCAAGAACUUCCAAGUUGCUCAUCAGCAAGCAUAUACCGUGCUGGAUAGUUCAACCCACGCCGUCUUCUUGCAUGUUACUGUCAAUGCGCUUCCCGACCGAGAGUAUGGUGCCAUAAUCAAGUCAAACAGCAACGGCACGUCCUACGUUUUCACACUCGACGCUGUCAACAGAGACACCGAAGGGUAUGUUGACUUUGAGAAGAUGCAAGGUCUUGAAGGUGUGGCAAUGACAAAUGUAGUGUCCAAUCUUGAUGAGGUCAACGACGGUGGAAAGAAGAAACUGAAGUCCAUGAUCACGCACAACGAUGGUGCAGAGUGGACACUACUCCCACCGCCCAAGAAGGACGCCCUAGGGAAUGACUACAAAUGUGUCAAGGCAGACAACAAAGCCACUGACAAGUGCUCAUUACAUAUCCACAGCUACACCGAACGAUCGGACAAGUCUGCAACUUUCUCCAGCCCUAGUGCAGUUGGUUUGAUGAUGGCUGUGGGCAACGUUGGAGAUCGGCUGCUGAGGAAAGACGAUGAGAAGACCGACACAUUCAUCACGCGCGAUGCUGGCAUUACAUGGUCUUCUGUGAUGAAGGGAAGCUACAUGUGGGAAUAUGGUGAUCAAGGUAGUAUCAUCGUCAUUGUCAAGGAAUCUCAACCGACGAAGAGUCUUUACUACACUUUGGACGAGGGCCAGUCGUGGAAAGAGUUUGAAUUUUCACCCAACGUCGAGAUGCAAAUUGACGCCAUCACCACCGUUCCAUCGGACAAUUCUCUCAACUUCCUCCUCUGGGGUCGCGAGGUCGGCAGCAAUGCCAAGCGAGGUAUCUUCACGGUUGCCGUGGAUUUCAGUGGCCUCAAGGAACGCCAGAGACCUUGUGAGCUCGAUGAGCAGAAGCCCGAGAACGAGGACUACAGUCUUUGGGAGCCAAAGCACCCCAUGCAAGAUUCCAACUGCCUUUUUGGUCAUGUGGCUCAAUACCACCGCAAGCGUACAGAUGCGCAGUGCUAUAACGGCAAGAUGAUCACCCACAUCCACAACAUCGCUCAAAACUGUAGCUGUACGCGACAAGAUUUCGAGUGCGACUACAACUUCCAGCCCAAAGCGGACGGAACGUGCGCUCUGGUGCCGGGCUUCGAUCCACCUGACCAUGCAGAAAAUUGCCGCAAGAACCCGGAUCAGGUCGAGUUUUGGUAUCCCACCGGUUACAGACGAAUUCCUCUUACGACGUGUCAAGGCGGACAAGAACUAGAUAAGGUCGAGAGCAAACCUUGCAAGGGCCACGAAGAAGAGUACAAGAAGAAGCAUGGUAUCGGUGGGGCUGCUCUCUUCUUCGCCAUCACCGUCCCGCUUGCAGCGGCGGCAGGAAUUGGUUACUGGGUGUAUACGAAAUGGACAGCCGGCUUCGGCGGCUUUGGCCAAAUCAGACUGGGUGAAAGUAUGGCCGCCUCGACCGCACCGGGCGAGUCGCCUUGGAUCAGCGUCCCUGUGGCCAUUGUGUCGGGGAUAGUGGCCGUGGUCAAGGCGACGCCUUUGCUCGUCAUAAGUAUCUGGAGAAGUGCAAAGGGAUACAUGCCAGUCGGUGGUGGCGGCGGCGGCGGACGAUUUGGACUCGGGCGAGGUGCCAGUGCCGGAUACGGCGCGCCGUACCGGUCGAGGGAUGCGUUCGCUCGACGUGGGCAGGACUACUCUCAGGUGGUGGAGGAUGACGAAUUACUCGGGGAUGGACUGGACGAUGAAGAAGAUGUCUAGGAAUUUUUGGGGGGGACGACGACGUCGUUGUGGAGGAAGAGACACUUUCUUGCUCCUGUAACUGUGCUCUAUUGUGAGAAUACGAAAGUGAAGGCUUCUUUCCUUACCCUACCUUGUAAGAGCUCUUUUGCUCCCUUUCACAGGAUUGACAGUUAGAGCAACUAUGAGGAAAUAGACCACGGAGAGAGCCAGAGAGAGUGAGGGCGCGUUGGGUUGGGCCAAGACAAAGCCUUUGUAUGAAAAGUGUAUAUGAUAGGAAAACCCACUUUUUGUUCUGGGGGGUUUCUAGGGAGAACAAUUCAUGCCACCCCGAAGGAACGAUGAGGUUCGACAACUGUACCACAAGGUAAGUGGAAAAACCAAUGUGUAUGUAUACAAGGGGAUAGUAGACGGCUAUAAUAUUCCGUACAGAUGUAGGUACUCUUUUUUU